AUGCAUAAUUACAGAUAUGAAUGUGAAGAGGAAGAAUUUUUACGAGAAUUGGAAGGGAUACAAGGACAAAUCCCCGAGAGAACUUCAGUAUGUGAGGAUGUUCCAGUACUUGGAGCAUUGUGUAGUUUGGUUGGUGAAAUUAGCAAACUUCGUCGAGAGAAUAAAGCAUUACGUUAUCAACUUAAUGUAGCAGUUGAGCCAAAACGUAGUGUUGUCCAUCGUGUUAGUGCUAUUUUGGAAGGUCGAAGUAAUAUUAUCCCAAAAAUUAUGGGUCGACGAGCUUUUCAUCAAUGUGAAAUACGAAAUGGCGCACGUGAACGUUUAUCCACACCACCACAUAAAGCAAAUAUAUCAUCGGAUGUAUCGGAUCCACUUCGUACAACUUUGACACCAACACGUCAAAUACCUGCACCACCAAUAGUUUUGCCAGAAAUGUCUGAUUCCGAUGUAGAACAUUCCAUUUUUACAGAAGUUGCAUUACCAAAUUAUGGAAACGGAAAUAAUGAGGUACGUGGAAGUCGUGCUAUCAUGAGUCGUUCUAAAGUGUCAUCAGUGUCGGAACGAACAAGCCCAUCAUCAGCAUCAUCUCGUGAUCAUUCCGAAAAUAUGACAACAAGUCGAUCAGGUUUCUUCGAAAUAAUUGGCUUAAAAAAGAAGAAAGAAAAAUCGAUUGAAUCGAAGAAGGAAACAAUAACCUGUAAAGUGAUACUAAAGAAACGAAAACGUAAAAUUAGUGAAAGCAGUUCGGUUCAUUCCAGUGAGAAUAAUACACGAAGUGAUAAAUGGAGUCUUUCUUCGACGGCAAGUAAGAAUAGCUUAACAACUGCUAACAAGAGCGCAUUUGAUGAAUCGAAUGGUAAUAAACAAUCGUUACUUCAAGCUCCUAAACAAUAUCAUAUUCAACGUCAACAUAAGGAACAAGAAAAUAAAAAGUGUUCCCAUGAUAAAAAUUCAACAACAGUUAGUGAAGAAAGUGAUGAUGAUUAUCAUGAACGAUCUAGUGGCACUCCCAAAAGUAUCUUUUGUCCUGGCUUUAACGGUUCCCGAUCUACCGCACAACGGAAUCGUUUUUCAAAUCGCGGAAUAUCCGAUAAUCAAGCAAUUCAUGACGAGAAUGAAACGAUACGAAAUGAAUUGGUAAUGACCAGAAAUAGAAAUAAUCGAUUGAUUGAACAAUUACGUGAAAAAUCGAUGGAGCAAUCAAAAUUACGCACACAAAUGAGCACUCUUCAAAAGCAGAUUGGAAUAUUGCGAAAUCGAUGUCGUCUUAAUGAAGCACUGGAAAAAUUAUCAAUGAAUGAUCGAGUGAUCACAAGAGCAACUGCAGCAAUUGAUAAUGUAGAAGAGAAAUUGAAAAAUUUUGAUGAUAAAGUACAGGCUAUGAAAGCAGAAAUGAUGAAGAAUGGUCAAGCGAUUAUCAAUCAAUCCUUUCGAGAGCAAAAUGCUUAUCAGUCAUGUUUAGAACAUAUCGAAAGAUUGCAACGUGAUAAUUUUUCCAUGUUACAAGAUAAAGGAUCGAAUAUUGGUAGUCAUGAUCAACGUAUCUGUCAGUUGCUGGAAAUAAUGCCUUCAUAUGAUGCCUUGUACUCAUUCACUAUUAGCAUAGUUCGAAAGUUAGGCCAACUUCGUGCUUCUUAUAUCGAGAAGAACAUUUACGCCAAUCGAUCAGAUUUUGAAGUAAUGCAUGCGCAAUCAUCCUUACUUAUAAUUCAUGCUCAGCUUGAACGAUUGAAGUUGCAACUUUAUGAAGCCACAAAACGUCGAUCAACACGACCUGCAUCAUAUCAUGGCGAAGAUUUGCUGCAAAAAAUAAUUAACCCACAGAUGAAUUUCUUGUUACCAUUUAAAUUACAUGGAGGACGAAUUCGGAAACACCGCCGUUCCGAUUCCUGUGCUAUGGAGUCGGAAAUUGAAAAAAAUGAGCAAAGUAUUGAAAAUGAAUUUCUGCGACUAUUCGAUUAUGCUAGAUGUUUAUCACGAAUAUCAGAAUUUACGGGAAUAAAUAAAGCCAGUCUUGAACGCGCUGGCAUUUCAAAUCUUGGCUCACAUAUCAGAAAUGAUUUACAAAAUACCACUAUUAUACCACAACAAGAAAUUAAAAGUGCUCCAAUACGACAUCGAGAACAACAGCGUAGAAAUUCUACCAACAAAAUUUACAUAUCACAACGAAAUUACAAAAGCCAACCAGCUGGACGACCAAUUAGCUUGCAUCCACUAAUAAAUUACAAUCAUACACGAUCAAUUGUUUCAUCAUUGCAAGAUGUUCGAAAUAAUAUGAUUCGUAGCCCAGCUUCAACGCCUAUUAUGAAGCGUCGAAUGAAUUUGAAUGAACAACCGCGAACUAUCAAUCAAGGAUCACUAGAUUCAUUCGGUGGAAAUGAAUUACCCAAAUAUGAUACUCCACUGUCUCAUAGCAGUGGUGGCUCAUCUGAUUAUGCUGUUAUCAGUGCCAAACAGCUUUAUAUGGAAAAGCGAUCAAUGAUAUCGAAACGACCAUCCGCAAUUAAUCCAUCUAAACUGCCACAUUUGCACAAAAAUGCCAAUCAAACCAAUUCACCUCCUUUGCUUAGCGAUAGUGAUCGUUGUCAAUUAAGACGUAAUCCUGAAACAGUCGGCAUGAUUCGAGAGAAAAAUGCCGGAUCAACAGUUUCAAAAAAUUUCGAAAAAAGCCGACUUCCGAAAAUAUCAUCCAUUUUAACGGAGAAAAAAAAUGUACUUCAUGGUUGA